CGACUGCUGGCUAACAGAAACGAUCCGUUGAGUGCACGCGCGUUUCUGUGGAUGGAUCUUGGCAGGCAAUGGUGACAAAGGACGAAAGAGCAAUCAACAAGCAAGAAAGGAUAAGAAGAACCAAGUUAGUCAAUUGUAGGAGGCACAAUGACAGAUUGGGCAACGGAACCGACGACGUACAAUUCCGAUUUUACCACCUACCCGUCAGGUGGUGGUGGCGGCGGCGGUGGUGUUGGAGGCGCUGGUAGCGAUGGUGCCGAUGACAUUGCGAAUCGAACGGCCAAUAUCGCGGCUCACCUGAAGAAGCUCUACCGCAAAUCGGUGCUCCCCGUGGAGAAGAAGUAUCGAUACGAUUACUUUUACGACAGUCCUUUGCUCACCGAUGUGGAAUUCGAUUCCAAACCUCAGGUCCUUCUUGUAGGACAGUACAGUGUGGGAAAGACUUCGUUUAUUCGCUAUCUUUUGGGCAGAGAUUUUCCUGGUCAACGGGUUGGUCCUGAACCCACCACAGAUCGAUUCACAGUACUAAUCAAUGGUCCUGAGGAAAGGACUAUUCCUGGAAAUGCCUUGUCGGUGCAUCCAGAUUUACCUUUUCGAGGAUUGGAACGUUUUGGUGUGUCAUUUUUGAGCCGUUUUGAAGGAAGUCAGCUCCCUAGUAGUGUCCUCCGAAGUGUUACCCUGAUUGAUACGCCUGGAAUUUUGUCUGGAGAGAAACAGAGAACGAAUCGAGGUUACGACUUCACCAAGGUUGUAGCUUGGUUCGCAGAGAGGGCCGACUUGAUUAUCCUCCUUUUUGAUGCACACAAAUUGGAUAUUUCCGAUGAAUUGAAGGGUGCUAUUGAUGUGUUGAAGGGACACGAAGAUAAGAUUCGAUGCAUCUUGAACAAGGCAGACCAAAUCGAUCGACAACAGCUUAUGAGAGUGUACGGGGCAUUGCUGUGGAGUUUGGGAAAGACCAUGACAUCCCCAGAAGUUUGUCGUGUCUACGUCGGUUCAUUCUGGCAAGAACCACUUCAAAACCUUGAUAACGCUGAGCUCUUUGAAAGGGAAGAGAAGGAUCUCAUGAAGGACUUGGCCAUCCUGCCCCGGCAAUCUGCUGUGAGAAAGAUCAACGAACUGGUCAAGCGCAUCCGAAAGGUGAAGACUCUGGCCCACAUCAUUGGCUACCUGAAGGGGCAAAUGCCCUCGCUGAUGGGAAAGGAAAAGAAGCAGCAAAAGUUGAUCAAUGACCUGCCCAACGUGUUCCGAACCAUCCUCAAACAGUACAACCUUGCCCCUGGUGACUUCCCGGAUAUCAACAUGUUUUCAGAGAAGCUCAAGGAAGUGAAGUUUGCCGAGUUUUCCACCUUGUCAAAGAAAUCGAUGGAGGAAUUGGACCACGCCCUGAACGUGGAGAUUCCCAAGCUUAUGGAGCAACUGCCCAGCGAGAGGGAUUCGCCGGAAACCCUUCGUGCCAAGAUGGGGUCCGGAAACCCUAACUCGUCAAAUGUCCCUGUACCCACAAUGAAUGCCAAGUUCGGGAAGAAAGCGGAUGCAAUCGACAACAAUCCAUUCGGCUAUUCGGAGGAGGAUCAAGAUCAUUACUGGGCUCUUCAAGAUUCGGCGGACCGACUGCUUGCAAGCUUUGAAGCCCAAGGUCCAGAAGGUGGCUUUCUGUCAACCAAGAAAGCACGUGACGUGCUCGUGAAGACCGGACUCGAAAAGGAUCAGCUGCGCCAGAUCUGGAACUUGAGCGAUAUCGAUCGUGACGGGUUGUUUGACCACGACGAAUAUGUCGUUGCCAUGUUCCUCUGCGAUGCUGUCAUUCAAAAAGGACGCCCCAUCCCUGCGGAGCUUCCGGCUAGUGUUGUUCCGCCCAGUAAGCGUGAGCUCAUGGCAGCCCGAAAAGCAGGCGGUUUCUAAGCUGAAGGAUGCGCCAUUCGUUGCUGAAUAUAGUAUGGACUGAUUUAGGUCAUAUAGUUUAGUAAGACAGGUUUGUGAACUAUGGAAUUGCUUCGCACCGCAUGCAAAUAGUGUCCUUUACUCCAACAAAAGAAUGGC